ACUAUGAAACUAUUUAAUAAUAAAUGUGCAUUCAAAUGAGAUUUGAAUUAGAUGUUUUAAGGGCAUACAUUUAUUCCAUAAAAUAACCUAUUCACCUAUCUUGUUUUAAUGGUAUGAACCAAUUCUGGGGCUGUUCCGGAACUGUAUGUGGUAUUCAUUUGUGAAACUGACGCCAUUUUGGCUCAACAGAGGAGCCGCUUUCCCCUCGUUCUUUUCCAUGGCGUGCGCCAAUAUGGCGAACCCCAGUUCACAGUUUCAUAAUUUGACGUCUCAACAAGGUGGUUGCUAGGGGGCGUGGAUUGUUAUUUAUUAGUUACCCACGAACUGGCGAGAUGCUGUCAGAUUUUGCCACCCUAGUACCUGGGUGAUACCAUCUAAGCUAGAUGGCAUGCUGUUAUCGUAGAGCGAACGUUUUCCCCAAAAUAAUUAGGAAAAUAUUUCAUUUAUUUGAGAGGCAAUGACCAGACCUCUCUCACGCUUUCAGGAUUAACACUAGCUUAUUACAACCCAAUGGCGACCGACUGCACGCAAGAAACCGUGUUACGGUUCCUGAUGGAGAGAGGGGGUACAGUGAAGAACCUGGACCUGAUUGAUCAUUUCAGAGCUGUUUUAUCGACAGAUCCAAUCAAGAAAGCUAUGAUGAAGGAUGCGUUUAAAAUGUACGUGGACAGUGUUGCAUUUGUGAAGGUUGAGAACGGGACUAAAUAUGUGUGUUUGAAAAAGAAAUACAGGGGUUCGAUGAGACAGGAGGAAAACGUCCCCGCAUAUGGUGACAGUGACAACAAUGAGAGGAGCGAGCAUACUGUAAUUAAUUGUGAGCAUGUCGGUGAUGCUUUUUCAGAACAAUUGCCCGACAGUCUUCCUCACAACAUGCCUCAAAUAACCCUCAAUGACACCGCUAAGGCAGUUAAGCUCUCAUUGGAAUCUGCGGGAAACGAUGAUGCAAAACAAGAAUUACCACCUGGCUCAGGUUACAGCGAUGAGAACGGCAGGGAAGUAGAACGGUCAGGCGUUCGAGACAGUACUUCUGGCGGAGUGAAUGCAUCUUCAGCCUUGCUAGUUCCAGAAGCGAACAAUCUUUCAAAAAUGGGAAAUAAGAGCAGCUGCUCGCCUGAGAAUAAGGUGGACGGGUCGUCCGAGGAAAGCCUACAAAUGAGCGACCAGACCAUUCCAAAAAUCGCCGUAAUUGAGGCGUCUCCCCUGCCAGCCGCUUCCGACGGUACAAUGUUCAGCCUUCCUCAGCCUGUGGGUUUGCCACAGCCCGAUCAGACUUUGUCAGAAGCCAAUGCUUUUAAGGACCGCAACAACUCUAAAAAGUAUUCCCAAAACGGACAGGAGCAAGAUAAAUCGUACGAGGAGGACAAUAGCUCUGUUACAAAAGGUGUUUUGAGAAGAAGAUCACGAGGGUCCCAGCGCAGUGUGGGGUCCAAUAUAUCGGACGGAAGCGACGAGGUACAUUUUGACACAACAAGCAUGUCCGGGAGUGACACCAACACUCCACGAGGCAGCCGUAAAAACUUCAUUGAGCUUAUGAUGAACAGCUCGCCACAGGUACGACGCAGCAUGGUGCUUAGAAACUCGGUGUAUCUCUCCGCGAGACACAAGGACUCAAGGAGCGAUAGCGACUCUAUCGUCUCCUCGAACACGGAUGACGAGAAUACCCCUGUCUCCCUCGACCCUAUGGAACACGAGUGGAUGAUGUGUGCGUCUGACGGGGAGUGGGAGAGCCUGCACCGGCUCCUCGCCUGCGAGCCGAACCUAGUCCUGAAGAAGGACUUUGUCACAGGCUUCACCUGCCUCCACUGGGCAGCUAAGCUUGGCAAGCAGGAGCUCCUAGCCUUGCUUGUGAACUUUGCUAAGAAGCAUGCUGUGCCUGUCAACAUAAAUUCCCGGUCGAGUGCUGGUUACACACCACUGCACUUGGCAGCCAUGCACAACCACGUUGAGGUGGUCAAGUUGCUUGUGGGGGCUUACGAGGCAGAUGUUGAAGUGAGAGACUACAGUGGGAAGAAAGCGUGCCAGUAUCUCCCUAAAAGUGUGGCUGACGAAGUAUAUGAUAUUUCAGGGGGGCAUGGGAACUCUGAUUUAGAGAAUGUAGAUUAUGGUGAGCCCAGCCGAUGGAGGCUGUCAAAAGUCCUCCAAUCUAACCUGAGGCCUCUGAAGCUGCUGAACCACAGCGAGGAGGAGGUGUGCGAGGGUGCCAGCCCUGGCAAAUCAAAGCUGCUGCGCAGGAAGUCCUCGCUGAGCAAGAUGAAACCCAAGCUCCAUAAAAUCCGCUUCAGGACACAGAUAGUCCACAGCGCCUCGUUUAAUGACAGGGAGCUGAGCGAGGCACGUCACAAAAGUCCCCCUCGGUCCAGACCGAUGUCAAGCCUGUUUGGGUGAGCCGUGUCAAAGGAUCAGAACCAGAGGAAUAGGCUAUAGCUGCCUUAAACUAAUAGCAUUCCCUCAGAUUCUCACUGUGGAUUUGAGAAUAUUUGCUAGUACUACAAAGGCUGAUAUAGCUAACCUAUUUCUUCAUGGUGUCCUUUUUUCCAUUAUUGUUUACUGUCUAUAACAGUGCCUGUAAAAGGCUAUAUAGUUGUAUGACAGUAAUGUUUCUGUGCUGCAGAACUAAAUCUCUCUUACAGCAGAACAUUUCUACCUGGAGCAGGAACUUCUGGAUAAUUUGAAUUAUGUUUUGCAUAAUAUGAGCUUGGGAAGGUAUUGUUUCCUUGUUAGUGUGUUUAUAACCAGAAAGAAGGGUUGAACAGUCAAGAGCUUCAUUUGGACUUGGCCAAUAAUCUGGAUCAGGGACAAAGGAUUUCAGUGCCACGCGGUCACAUGUAGUGUUAAAUCAUGCUGUCGUUCGUUACAAGGUCUUAGUGUAAAGCCACAGUAAACUUCAGGCUUGAAUGUUCUACUGAACGUUUUCACUGCAGGCUACAGCAUCCCAGAGAAUAUGAGGCUGGGUGUAAUUAGACCAUACUCUAUUGUGCGAUGUCAUACUGCAUUAUUUCCAAGUAACUGCACAUGUGCAAGCAAGCAAUGUGCAUAGCGAAAGGUAUGUGUGGAUUGAAAGAGACAUAGGACUUACUAUCUUGCCGACAAGAAUGAUAGAGCUUCUGUCAGCUUCAGCAAAGCUAAAGGUGUUAUGUGACAUUUGCUUUUAUCCAACACAUCAAACCACCACCAAUAUGGUUUAUUUAUUAAAACUAGCAAUUACAGUAUCAGCCUAUACUGUAAAUGCCUCUCACUCUGUACUUUUCUGCUCAAGGACUGCAUUUGUCAGUACUUUGUUUUGAUAGGAUUUCUGCAGCCUGACUAUUUUGCAAGACUUCAUUAUCUCACUUGUUCCGUGACGAGUGCAUAACAAGCAUUUCUGAGGUAGUUGCCCCAGCAAGCUCUCGCCUCUCCCAGGUAUGUUAUCAGCAAGCCGAAGCCCGCUGACGGACGGUCAGGUUAGGAAGCGCUGGCAGAGAAGGGGCUGAUGGAGCGCACACUGCUGCUGCAUCACACGGCCGUGUUCGUGUUUAUCCCAAAGGUCCCCAGAGACCCCAGCUGCCUCCAUAGUGCACUGUGCAGCCAUGCAGACAUCUCCCCACCCCCAUCCCCAGACCCAGAAAUGCCGUGUUAGCAGUUCUCAUGAAAAAUGCCGCCUGCAUUGUCAAGCUCUCAGUCAGUGUGUGUG